UAGAAGAAAAAAGUGGUUUGUGAUCAGGGAAAGUGUCUGGUGUCAAGUGAGGAGAUCGUGGAGGAAUUGGAGCCGCCGCAGAACAAGAAAAUCCGAACAUUUUGGGUCCAUCCGACCCGGAUAAAAGGCUUUUCUUUGUCUUCCACAGGUAAUUGGAAUAUUCUAGAGGCCAUAGGGGAGAGAUUCCAGUGGAGAUUAUAUUAACCAAGUUGUCAAAAUCUAUUGCCAGGUAUUGGAACAUUCUAGAAGAGACAAGGGGGAGAGAUUCAGUAGGAAUCAUUUACUAAAGACUCUGUACAAUUUAAUAGGUAACUUUGCGUGAACAUUUUGGUCCUUCGAGCCGGAUAAAAGGCUUUUCUUUGUCUUCCACAGGUAAUUGGAAUAUUCUAGAGGCCAUAGGGGAGAGAUUCCAGUGGAGAUUAUAUUAACCAAGUUGUCAAAAUCUAUUGCCAGGUAACUUUGCGUGAACAUUUUGGUCCUUCUCGGAAACUUGGACCCAUCGCGGGAUAAUCAUGGUUCUCAAACAAAGAGGUGGUUACUUGGGGGCUAUUACAAAGCUCGAGACUUUCAUCCAAGCAUGCAGCGAGCAGCAGUUUGUGGCAACAACCAGGUCAGCUCUCGAGUCUUCUCUGAACACUUUGGCGUCUACAAGGGCCAAAUACAUGGAGGUUCAGGAACAGGUGAUCGCUCAACAAGAAUUGGAGAGCCACAGACAACGCGAGGAAGAGGCUCUCUCAAGCGUACUUGAACGGUGCGAUGCCUUGGAGAUUCGCAUUAGGGAUUUGAUCGACCAAAUUCCGGAGAAUCCCUUGGACACUUCCAUGGACGAGAUGAAGACGUGGAUGCAGGAGCGGAUGGAAGCCCAGCUGAAGGAGCAAGAGAGAAGGCAUUUGCAAGAAAUAAAUAAAAUGAGUCAGAAAAUUGCCUCUCUCUCUGCUCAAGCUCAAGAUGGCCCGCCAAAGCAGGAAUUCUCCAAUGAAAGUAAUAGUGAGUUAUCAAAACUUGUAAAUUUACUUGCUGAAAAGUUAAAUGUAACCCCCCAUACCUCUAAAAAAGAUACCCACUUAAAUUUGCCUGAAAUGAAUCUCCCUCCUUUCUCGGGCAAACUGUCCGAAUGGAUACCAUUUAAAGAUCAAUUUACCUCCUCAAUUAUUAACCACCCUGACCUAUAUCCCGUGCAAAAGCUACAAUAUUUGCGAUCUGCCCUAUCGGGUGAAGCCUUUUCACUUAUCAAGAAUUUGCCUACCACGGCGGCUAAUUUCGAUGUCGCAUGGAGAAUUCUUGAGGAACGGUACAACAAGAAGUACAACAUCAUCAUGGACCACAUAAGCACCUUUUUCAAUGUCCCAUCAGUCACCACUUUCAAUUUGCAAUCAUUCUCACAACUCUGUGCAAAAACUUCGGCGUCCGUUAUGGGUGUUAAGGCCAUGGGAGUCGAACAAUUCGAUUUGUGGUUGAUUUUCCAUGUCCUCCAAAAACUGGACAACGAAACCAAGCUCCUUUGGAGACAAGAGUGUAGGGAUGAAAUACCGACUUGGGAUAAAUUCAGCGCAUUCCUUUUCAAAAGGCGUGACGAUGUAGAAUCUUGUGGAAUAUUUAGGCUUCCCACUACUCCCAAUCCUACUAAGUCAAAUUCUCACAAAAAGACAGCCUCGGCACUUGUGGCUACCAAUUCAGAACCUUGCAAAUGUUGCAAUGAAUCGCCUCAUGCGCUCUUUAGAUGUCCAAAAUUCAUUGCAAUGUCGCCUGAUGAGCGCUAUCAGACAGUUGUGCAGUUAAAUCUGUGUCGAAAUUGCAUAACCUCCAAACACCUUACUUCGCAAUGCACCUUCCGGACCUGUCGGAAGUGCAACUCGCGCCACAAUGUAUUGUUGCAUGAAAGGUUCACCUCUUUUCCUGGAAAUUCGACCUCCAAUAGUAAUCAGCAAACGAAUACCAGUAGUCCCGGACCUUUUCAACGCAACCCUGCUCCCACGACAACUCCCACCAAUUCUCAAGCUCUGCCAGCUAUCGUAAAUAUCUCCCAGCCUGUCAAUGCGGUCCGUCAAUCUCCUAGAAUUUUUCUCGCAACGGCUGUGGUAGAUGUACUUGACCGAAAUGGGAGGAAAAUUCAAUGUCGUGCUCUUCUUGAUAGUGGCGCUCAAAGCAAUCUAAUGUCUGCAAAUCUCAUGCAGAAAUUAAAACUCCCGAAAGAAUCUGCAAAUGUCUUUAUUGUGGGUGUUGGUGCUCAUCGAUCCUCAACUUCUGAAAUGGCCGUAGCCACCGUAAAGUCGAGAGUAUCCAGCAGUUUCUACAAUCUGCAAUGUUUGGUUGUUCCCAAGAUUACUGGGGACAUUCCCAAUUGGCCGGUGAACCGAGACUCUUUUCCGAUUCCAUCUGGAAUCACCUUAGCCGAUCCGGAGUGGUAUGAACAACGUCCGGUAGACUUGCUUAUCGGUGGAGAAUCCUACUGGGAUAUAGUACUGGAUGGAUCCAUCGAUUUGGGCGAUGGAAUGCCCAAAUUGAAACCUACUACCUUUGGACAUGUUCUUGUUGGGAAACAAACGCCUUCCGAUGCACUUUGCCACGUAUCUGUUCUGGAAAAUCUGGAUCAGACCUUGAAACGAUUCUGGGAAGUAGAAGACAUCCCAAAUGAAUCACCUGUUAGUGAUCAGCAUCGUGAAGCCGAAACUCACUUUAAAAACACUCAUUCUCGGACACCAGAAGGACGCUUUCUUGUGAAGCUGCCCUUUCGUAAGGAUUCUGAAGGUCAAACUCCUGCUCUUGGCCACUCUCGAAGCACUUCAGUCCGUCAACUCUUUGCUUUGGAGCGCCGCUUCGAGAGGAAUCCACUCCUGAAAUUACAUUAUAUCGACGUGAUGCGUGACUAUCUUACCCAAGGAUGGCUGGAGCCAGUACCAGAGAAGGAAUUAAGAAACUACUCUUACUAUAUGCCACAUCAUGGCGUGCUUAAGGAGUCUACCUCCACCCGCUUAAGAGUAGUCUACAACGCAAGUUCGAGGACUUCCAAUGGAUUGAGUCUGAACGACAUUCUUCUGGUUGGUCCCACGGUUCAUCCUGACCUCUUUACCGUUCUGCUGCGCUUCCGUCACCAUCAGUAUGCAGUUAUGGCUGACAUAACAAAAAUGUAUCUCCAGCUCGUCUUACAUCCCGAUCAUACUGAUUUCCAAAGACUUGUCUGGAGAGAAGACCCGUCCGAACCUGUCCGUGACUACAGAAUUACUCGGGUCUGCUUUGGAGUCACCUCUUCUCCUUUCCUUGCCACUAGAGCCCUAGUAGAAUUAGCGCAUGAACACAAACAUUCCCAUCCCCUAGCCUCAGAGAUCAUUCUCAACUCGUUUUACGUUGAUGAUUGUAUCUUUUCUUCAGAGUCUCUCAUCAAGGCGAAGGAAACGCAAUCUCAACUCAUGGAAGUCAUGGCAAGGGGAGGAUUUGUAUUAGCCAAAUGGGUCUCCAAUCAUCCGGGAAUCCAACCAACUGGGGCCUCUGAAUCAAAUACGGCAAUUAUUCAAGACUCCACCAAGGCUCUCGGACUCAGAUGGGAUGCUGAGUCUGACACUUUCCAUUUCAUUUCGCCAAUUUCAACCGAUGUUGAGAGAGUCACGAAACGAUCUGUGGCAUCCGCCAUCGCAAAAAUAUUCGACCCUCUCGGUCUCAUUGGACCUGUAAUUGCCGUGGCGAAAAUGAUUCUUCAGGAGCUUCACAAAUUGGAAGUCGAUUGGGAAGAUGAAGUUUCUGGCGAUUGCUUGGAUCAAUGGCAGUCAUUCGUUGGCUCCAUUCAAGAUCUUCAGGCCCUCAGCAUUCCCCGCUGGAUCUCACAAUUUCCAACUCCAUCUUGUCUAGAAUUGCAUGGAUUUUGUGAUGCAAGUACGAAGGCCUACGGCGCUGUCGUUUACGUCGUCACUCAGGAUGAGCUCGGGAAUCGAUGUUCAUCUCUACUCACUUCCAAAUCGAGGGUAGCUCCACAGAAAAAUCCCCAAACCAUUCCGCGCCUUGAACUUUGUGGCGCACUCUUGCUUUCGAAUCUCAUGGAGAAGAUCAAGGAGAUCUUUGCUCCCGCUGCUAUCUAUUUAUGGACGGAUUCUACGAUCGUCCUAUCGUGGUUAAAUUCCCCUCCUGACUCUUACAAGAAAUUUGUGGCCAACCGAAUCGGGAAUAUCUUGAAAAUCACUUCGGCUCUUCAGUGGAAGCAUGUUCCUACACUGGAUAACCCAGCUGACCUUAUCUCAAGGGGAGCUAGUCCCAGUCAGCUUUCCGCCUCUACGUUGUGGUGGCAUGGACCGCCUUGGCUGAAGUGUGAUGAAUCUGAAUGGCCACAAAUUCCACCCAAUUGUAUUCGCCAUGUUCCUAAUGAUGCCAAGGCUUCCGUAAAUUUCUUCUCUACUUGGAUGGAAGAAGUAUCAUCUCUGAAGCGACUUCAGUUUCGCAUGGCAUUUGUCUUGCGCUUUAUCUACAAUUGUCUCCACCCGGAAUCAAAGCGCACUGGAAAGUUCUCGGUCGAAGAAUUAGAGCGUGCUCUACGAAAAUUGAUUUAUCUCGAUCAACAUGAAUGCUUUCCUCUAGUUAUUCGUCAGCUUCAGACUAGACGUAGCAUCAUGGCUCCGUGGAAGUUUCUUCAGUCAUUGUCUCCAUACUUGGAUCUUGAAGGACUUGUUCGUGUGGGUGGUAGACUGGAGAAAUCCCACGAAGCUUUUGAGACUAAGCAUCCUAUAUUGUUGCCCAAGUCAACGCUACAGGAGCUCAUCGCGCAAAGGGAGCAUCUCCGGCAAAUGCAUGCCGCUCCAUCAUUACUCUUGGCGUCUCUUCGUCAAAAUUACUGGCCGAUUUCGGGAAGAAGCUUGGCUCGUAAAAUUGUACGAUCCUGCAUCACUUGCGUGAGGGCUCGUCCGAAACCCUUGGAGCAGAUCAUGGGAGACCUACCAGCUCAUAGAGUGACCUAUGAGCGCCCCUUCUAUGCCACGGCCGUAGACUAUGCUGGGCCACUGACCUACAAGCUCAGCAACGUGAAGAAAUCUAAGACAGCUAAAGCCUACAUUUGUCUUUUCGUCUGCCUGUCAGUGAAGGCAAUCCACUUGGAGUUGGUGACGGAUCUGACAACAGAAGCGUUCUUAGCAGCGUUCCGACGAUUUGUGUCCCGACGUUCCGCCCCAAGACACAUGUAUUCAGAUUGCGGGACGAAUUUUGUGGGUGCAAGUCGGGAGCUAUGCAAGCUCCACUCGAAUCACGAUGAUAUUGCUGAUGCUACCUCUGAAAUCGGGAUCGUCUGGCAUUUCAACCCGCCUGGGGCUCCUCAUCAGGGAGGGCUCUGGGAGGCAGGAGUUAAGAGCGUUAAGUUCCACCUGAAUCGUACUCUUGGUCAAACGCUCAACACUUACGAGGAAAUUGUCACUAUUCUCUACCAGAUUGAGGCUAUUCUAAAUAGUCGUCCACUGUGUCUCGCGUCUGAGGAUCCAUCUGAAACCGAUUAUUUGACGCCAGGACAUUUCCUUGUGGGUGCCCCAUUGAAUGUAUUGCCCGAUCCAGACCUUUCCCAUAUCAACACUAACCAUCUUGGGCGUUGGCAAUAUUGCCAGGAGAGAAGCCAGCACUUUGCUUAUCGCUGGAAGAGAGAGUACCUAAAUACUCUGCAACAAAGGAUGAAGUGGAAAAAUCCUCACCCGAAUGUCGACGUGGGAGACGUAGUCCUAACCCUGGAAGAUGUCACGGGGAAAUGGAUCCUUGGAAGGAUUGCAACAGUGCACUCUGGUGCCGACGGACACGUGCGUGUAGUUACUAUACGCACAUCCAAAGGAGUCUUCAAGAGGCCAAUCACCAAGGUGGCAUUCUUGCCAGUCAAGGAGCAGUCUGGGCCUACGCCCAUCCUGGGGGAGGAUGUACACGCCGCCACUGAGUAGCGAAAUAUCGGCGGGAAAAUAUUCACCACAUGCACUCUUCCCGCCUCUCAUAUCUCCCACUUCUCAUCCUCUCCCAAAUAUCCCGUUCGAUCCUCACUCUCUCACUCUCCCCUUUCUUUGUGCAAAUUGAAAAAUCAGUCUUACGUAAUCAGCCAUAGAAGCCACAGUGCCAAAAAAUUUGUGAAAUAAAGAAA